AUGGUGGACACAUUUGUUCGCUUCGAUGACGCAUGCUCUUCGUACGACGACGACGAGGAGGACGACAGCCGCCACAACAGUGAUGGGCCCGGGGGCCCUAGCACCGUGCGGUCGGACGUGUCAGAACGUAGCCCAACGCCGCCGGACGAUGCCGGGACCAGGGAGACGACCGCGGGGGACGAAAAGAGAUCCAACACACCAUGGGCUGAAACGAUGAAGCUUCCGGUUGACGGAGAAUGGUGUAGCAAAAGCGCCAAACACUUCUACCGCUGCCUGCGCGAUCGCCUAGACGACCAGCAGCUGGUUGCUGCGAUCGACAACUACAUCGAAGCCAACUGCUACAGGAGUGAAACCGAUGCGGACGACGACGGUGGUGGCACCGGCAACACGUUUCCGGAGAAGCGCGACUGGCCAAAGUACGUGUCGAAGCAAAAGUUUCACUCGUGGGGCGGCAAACGAAACGCCGGCCAGGUGUUCUACCCGUGGGGCGGUAAACGCACAGCGGUACCGAGGGCCCACAAGCAACCGAAGGUGGUGAUCCGAAAUCCGUUCCACUCGUGGGGUGGCAAACGCAGCGAUCUGGCCGUGGCCGUUAUGGCUUGAUCUGCGGUGGCCAUCAGAUAAGCUAGUGUUUCCCCUCCGGUCAGUGCAUGU